AUGGAGAAGUCGUUCUUCGACCACAACUGGAACGCCAGGAACGGGCGGAUAUCCGAAGCGUUCGAACGCGCGGGGAAGAAGACGGACGCGCCGGUCGACGACGCGAGCGCGCGAGCGAAGCCGCCGGGCGCAUCGACGCUCCUCGACAAAGUCCUCGGUCCGAUCAACAGCGCGAAGAAGUGGCGAGGCGGCGCGGUUCAAAAGCUGAGCGCGAUGAAGAACGCGCCCGCGCCCGCGGUGACGUCGCCGCCGCGUCUGUCGGACGCGCUCGCUCGCUCGCCCGCGCGCGCGAGCGUCGCGCGCUCGCCGCCUUCGUCCGCGCCGGGGACGAUAGACGCGGCGACGAGAGAACGCAUCGAGCGUAAAAAACAAGAGGCGCUGCGGAAACUCGCGGCGAAAGCCCCCGCGCCCGGUCCGGUCGCGACGCCGAGCGCGCUGUCGCCGCCGCCGUCCGGGGCGACGCGACCGAACCCGGGCGGCGGCGGCGGCGGCGGCGGCGGCGGCGGCGGCGGCUCGAACGAGAGGAUGAUCGCGUUCGGCGGCGGCGGCGGCGGCUCGAACGAGAGGAUGAUCGCGUUCGGCGGCGGCGGCGGCGGCGGCGGCUCGAACGAGAGGAUGUUCGCGUUCCAAGCCGCCGUCGCGAAGAAGACGCCGCCGCGGCCGACCUCCGGCGGCGGGCCGACCCCCACCCCCGGGUGGGACGCGAAGGAACCGGACCAACCGUUCACGAUCGACGUCGAGCUCGCGGGGGACGCGCGCGGGUCUGGGGGAGUCGAGGCGGACGUCGUCGUCGUGCGCGCGAAAUCGUUCCCGGGGUACCCGGCGCACGCGGCACUGAUGAGCUUGCCGAAACGAGACGGUCUGUGGCGGAACCUCGUCGAGAAGGGCGAGCGCGCGCGGUGGGAGAUACGACCGACGUCGACGUACCGCGCGCUGUUGGACGCCGCGCACGCGCAGCCGUUGCUUCUCGUGGAGGACGUCGUGAGCGGGAAGCUGCGCGAUUUGAGGGAGAAAAUCGAGAGAGGGGAGAGGGCGUUGCUCGACGCGAUCGCCGCCGCGGACGCGGACGCCGUCGUCCUAACGGAAGAAGCGAAGGCGUUAGUCGCGACCGCUCUGGAACACGACGACGAGAAGAAUACGGAGGGCGGUAAGAAGAAGAAGACCCGCGGCGGCGGCCGCGGCGGGCGCGGCCGCGGAAGGGGCCGGGGGAAGGGCCGCGGAGAAGGCCGGUCCUCCUCCGACGCGUCCGCCGCGCCGUCGUCGUCCUGGGGCUCGAAUCCGUGGACCGCCGCCGCGCGCGCGCGAAACGAGGAGAUCGGCGGGUUAAACGUGGACGACCUCGUCUCCGCGAUCUCGCUUUGCGCGCGAAACAUGCCGAGGAGGGUGAGCCCCGCGACGGCGUCGUUCGCCGACGCGUGCGCGGUCCUGAGAGAGGUGCAAAAGGCGCACGGCGUGGAUUUCGGCGUGAGAGCCGAGGGAGAUUUCACGCUGCCUCCGCUCGUGUCUCGCGCCGCGCAGAGAGUCGGGUUUCCCGGCAACUUCGCCGCGAGAGAGGCGACGCUGGCGGUGACGUCGAAAGGCGGGACGCAUCGGUCGUGGGCGAAGCCGCCGCCGGCGGCGCCGGCGCGCGCCGAGGACGUCGUCGACUUGUGCGGCGAGGAGGAGCAGAACGACGGCGACGGCGACGACGACGGCAUCGUUCACCUCGAUCUCACCUCUGAAGAGGACGAGGAGGAAGAGCGAGACGACGACGACGUGCACGUGUACGCGCACGAGCCGCGGGAGGAAGACGCCGUGCGAGCGCGCGGCGCGUCCGGCGUUCAGAUACCAACCGUCGGACGCGACGCGCGCAUCGCCGCCGUCGCCGCCGCCGCGAAGGAGCUGAUCGAGACGCGAAAGUCGCUGCGACGGUUAGAGCGCGCGAUCAAGCCGCCGAGCGUGAAGCGCAAGAGGACGGUGUCCUCUCAUCCGCGGUGGGUGGACCAGAGCGGCGGCGGGUACGGCGGCGUGAACUACGCCACCGGCGCCGGGAUGGGUUGGGAGGGUCAAGGGACCAGGUCCAUGGGCGUCGGCGUCGAGCACUUCUACGAGGGGUUCUGA